GCGUUUAGACGGCGUCGUUCGUGGCUGCUCGCAAGUCUUCUCGUGCCGUGUGAAAGUGCCGAAUAACCACGUCGCGCAAUGGCUGGCGGUAAGGCGGGCAAGGACUCGGGCAAGGCGAAGGCGAAGGCGGUCUCGCGCUCGGCCAGGGCCGGCCUGCAGUUCCCGGUAGGCAGAAUUCACAGGCAUUUGAAAAACAGGACCACGAGUCAUGGUCGGGUAGGCGCUACUGCGGCGGUCUACAGCGCGGCCAUCUUGGAAUACCUUACUGCCGAGGUGCUGGAGUUGGCGGGAAACGCAUCAAAGGAUCUGAAAGUCAAACGUAUUACACCUAGACAUUUGCAACUCGCUAUACGUGGUGACGAAGAAUUAGAUAGUCUCAUUAAGGCAACUAUUGCAGGAGGAGGUGUUAUUCCACAUAUCCACAAAUCGCUUAUCGGCAAGAAGGGUUCGCAGAAGCCAGCAUAAUUUAGCGAUAAUUGACAUUGAACAUUUCAAGAUUCGUCGGCAAAUGGGAGGAGGAAAGAGUUGGUCCAGUGCUUGUUAAUGAAGUGUACCUAGGUUACUAAAUCAACAGCGAGACUGGCGUGAUAUAUACAUAGAUAUAUAUAUAGAUAUAUAAAUAAAACAGUAUAUUGAGAUAUAAUUUAAUAUAGAUAAAAAAAAGAGAGUUAAAGAAAAGACAAAUGUUCACUGACAAUUGACAAACGGACAAGACAGGGAGAGACAGAAAAAAAGAGAGGAUUCUAGGCCGAGUGUAGGAAAUUUUUAGUGUGUUGCGAGCGAUGCGUUGUAGCAUGGCUCGAGAUGACGGCAGCCUUUGGUACAGUUUGUAAUUUUUGAACAUGUUGCGGUAACAUCAGAGGUCGUGUGUGGGAGCCUGUUUGAUUACCAUGUUCAAUUAUUUACCACCACGACGCAAAACUCGAUUACUUUGCUAAACCGCCAUCGUUUAACUCUGUCUCAUUUCCGCCCUUGGAUCGCGUCACGCGCCGCUUUAUAUGUAUAAAUGCAGGUUCUAUUAAUUUGCUCCUGGCAACGUUCAUUUCACAAUCUCGUGUUACGAGUGCAGUUUCAUUCACGAUAUCACGUCGACUUUCCUUCAGGUGUGUCGCAUAUACGUUUGUGUCAGCGAAAUUCUAAUGUACGGAGUAUAAAACAGUAAAGAUUUCCUUGCGUCGGUUCCACGACGAAAAAAAGAUGGUUGAUUGAGAAAACGGCGGACAUUUGUUGCGCGUGACUUCCAAUUUUCGCUCGAGCAAUUCCACUUGGCCAAAUUCGCAUAUAAAAGUACAUACUAAAGUUUUUGAUCAGCUAGUUAGAGAUAAUAAAUCGUCUCUCGUUGCACAAUUUACAAGUUUCUUGCGCUUUCCUCCUGUCAGAAUCACGAUGAUUAAUUAUAGGGUUCUGAUAACAAAUAGCAACGAUCCCAAAGUUCGUGACUUUGCGGCUCGAUUGUACAUAGCGUUUUUAAUAAUUUACAAAAAAAAUAUCUCUUGUAACAUACGUGAAUAUUGAGUUCUACGAGCAUCUGAAAUUAAGCCUCGUCUGAAGAGUCCGACAGGAAUGUUCGGUUCUGUUACAAAUUUCCUGGAUAUUGCGAACUUGAUAAUGGCGAAGACUGACUUCGUUUCUUGUAAAAUGAUCUAUGGUUACGGAUGUAGAAACGAUUCGUGGUAACCCGGAGGUUUAUAUGGACAUGUAAGAAUGUGCCGAUUUUUAUUUUCCCCCACUUCAAUGGAUUUUUCUUUCUUCUCAUUUUAAUGUUUGUCAAUUCGUUAUUUCUACGAUUUAGCAUAAUUUUUAUUGUACCUACAGUUUCGCACCAUAUGUAAAACGUUCAUUUUCAUAAUAAAGAUAAAUUUUAUUAAA